CCUCUGUUUAAAAAGUGUUUGAACUCAACUGGUUCUUCAAAGUGUGAGUCAGAGAUGAGGAUGUGAGCAGAGCAUCCGUGUGGAGGCAGACCAACACAAACAUGACUGCAGCUGUCCUCCUGCUCUGUGUUGUUGGGGUUCUCGGCUCAGAAGUCCUGUCAGCGCAGAAUCUCCCAUGUGUCCGCAGUCAUGAGGUGGCUUGUCUGGAGCUAACCAGUUACAUGAACACAUCUGGACCCGUCAGUGUAAACGUGUGCCCUGGUAUGAAACUCGUGGUUUCACUGGAGGGCAUCAGCGGAUACCCUGUCUGUCACUGGAUCAGAGGAGAACACCCACCAUUGCAAGUGAAUGGCUCGAUUGUCCUACCACAACUUUCUGAGACUGAUUCUGGGGAGUACACGCUGACCUGUGAAACCAGUAAUGGGACCAGUUCCUCUGGGACUGUGUCUGUUCAUGUAAUGGGGCGUCCAACAAAACCACAGCUGAUGCUGCAGGAUGUUGAACUCCGAAUGACGUCCCCCUCUUUCACCUGCAUGUCUGAGGGCUGUCCAAAGCCUAAAAUCGAAUGGUCUGGAAACAAAGUCGGGACAAAUGCAAACAGCAAAGUAUCAAGUUCUGGAUACUAUGCUGAAGGAAUGAUGUGCUGUGCCACUAAUGCAGAAGGACAAGAGUGCUCCCAACUUUAUGACUAUGAUCUAGAACGCGAGCAAAUGGACAAUGAGGUUUCUAAUGUGACAGUGAGUCCCGGUCAGUCUUUACUCCUUCGAGCUCGGAUAAAAACGGUUUCACGUACAUUUCCUGAGUGGGAGAAAGGUGGCAAACUACUAAACACCGGAACGUUAAGAUGCUCCUCUACAGUCAAGAAGAAGAGCUGCAUUAAAAAUGACUCCCAUGGUGGAAGUAAGAUGGCCUACCUGUUCAUCGAGUCAGUUAGUGUGGAGGACGGUGGAAUGUACACCUGCAGGAGUCCGACCAACAAAACGAAGUCCGUCUACAUCCACGUCCAGGCUGAAGGUUUCCUCUCCGUCCAGUUGAAUGAGAGUAAGAUCGUUCCAGCGCUGAAGGCGUCCAGCUCCUGUUUGAAAGCCGAGAUUUCCUACCACCCUGUGCUCCAGAGCUGCUCCUGGGAGGCUCCUGAUAAAACCAUCACGAAAUGCCAACGAGACAAAUGGGUGACGAAACACAGGAGUGUGCAGCUCUGCGGUUCACUCCAACCUGGAGAUUACAAGUUACACUUGGAGGCCGGAGGAAAAAAAGAAACAAGGACCAUAUCAGUGUGUGUUGUCGGGCGUCCAACAAAACCACAGCUGAUGCUGCAGGAUGUCGAACUCCGAAUGAUGUCCCCCUCUUUCACCUGCAUGUCUGAGGGCUAUCCGAAGCCUAAAAUCGAAUGGUCUGGAAACAAAGUCGGGACAAAUGCAAACAGCAAAGUAUCAAGUUCUGGAUACUAUGCUGAAGGAAUGAUGUGCUGUGCCACUAAUGCAGAAGGACAAGAGUGCUCCCAACUUUAUGACUAUGAUCUAGACCGCGAGCAAAUGGACAAUGAGGUUUCUAAUGUGACAGUGAGUCCCGGUCAGUCUUUACUCCUUCGAGCUCGGAUAAAAACGGUUACACGUACAUUUCCUGAGUGGGAGAAAGGUGGCAAACUACUAAACAACGAAACGUUAAGAUGCAACGCUACAGUCAAGAAGAAGAGCUGCAUCAAAGAUGACUCCCAUGGUGGAAGUAAGAUGGCCUACCUGUUCAUCGAGUCAGUCAGUGUGGAGGACGGUGGAAUGUACACCUGCAGGAGUCCGACCAACAAAACGAAGUCCGUCUACAUCCACGUCCAGGCUGAAGGUUUCCUCUCCGUCCAGUUGAAUGAGAGUAAGAUCGUUCCAGCGCUGAAGGCGUCCAGCUCCUGUUUGAAAGCCGAGGUUUCCUACCACCCUGUGCUCCAGAGCUGCUUCUGGGAGGCUCCUGAUAAAACCAUCACGAAAUGCCAAAGAGACAAAUGGGUGACGAAACACAGGAGUGUGCAGCUCUGCGGUUCACUCCAACCUGGAGAUUACAAGUUACACUUGGAGGCCGGAGGAAAAAAAGAAACAAAGACCAUAUCAGUCUGUGUUGUCGAUGCACCGAAGUUCAGUUUCAGCCCCAGCAAAGUUAAUGAUAUCCUCAACCUGGAGGCUGUGAGUCUUGUGCCGGCAAAUUAUUCCUGGAUGGUUUGUCCUUCAAACGGCAGCAGGUGUGAAGCCGAUUGUUCCUGGGAAAAGAUCAGCAACACCAUUCAAACAGACUCUGACGUCUCCUGUAGCAGAACAAUCAGGACCUCACUGAGAAGAAGAGACCAAGCGACUGACCAAUGUGUAAGGUUCUGCCUCACAAACUCAGUCGGGUCCUGGUGCUCGGACUCCCAAUACAAUCCCCAUUCACCACAGGCCUCCACAGGUGGCCGGCCUCCAGAGAACGACGACAUGCUUCUGCUGAAAGUCGGCAGUUUCCUUCUGCUUCUGGCUCUGGCAGUAGUCAGUGUGUUGCUCUUGUACUUUGUGAAAAAGAAGAAACCCAAGUAUCAGCCCCAGCUGCAGAUGAUCCAGAUGGUGGGACCCAGCGACAACGAUUACAUCUACAUCAACUUCAAGGACUUUCAGUACGACCAGAAAUGGGAGUUUCCCAGGGAGAAUCUGGAGCUGGGUAGUGAACUGGGCUCUGGGGCUUUUGGCACGGUGGUCCAGGCUACAGCCUAUGGCAUCAACAAGCCUGGGGUGUCCCAGCAGGUGGCUGUCAAGAUGCUGAAAGAGAAACACCAGACGGUGGAGAAGGAGGCGCUGAUGUCCGAGCUGAAGAUGCUGACUCACAUCGGUCAGCACGGCAACAUUGUUAACCUGCUUGGGGCGUGCACAGAAUUAGGACCCAUAUACCUGAUUUUCCAAUACUGCUGUUAUGGAGACCUGCUGAACUACCUGAAGAACAACAGCGAGCGUUACAACAAGUCUGUGACCGACGCCUUCAACAAGGACCGCUUCAGCAGCUUGUACAACAACCUGCAGCCGCGCAAAAGCUCCGGUGAGCUGCAAACAGCAGUUGACUGUUAUGUACCCAUGUAUCAUGCUGCCACCAGGGGGCAGGAGGACAUCGCCCUCCUCGCCCUCAGCUCAGGUGACAUGGAUGUUUACGAAGAGAUGUAUUUAAACAACGAUGAUCAGACCGAGGAGCUGCAAGCCCUGACUUUUGAUGACCUGCUGAGCUUCGCCUACCAAGUGGCCAAGGGCAUGGAUUUCCUCUCCUCCAAGAAUUGCAUCCACCGAGACCUGGCAGCUCGCAACGUGUUAGUGACCAAAGGCCGACUUGUCAAGAUCGGUGACUUUGGUUUGGCCCGAGACAUUGACAACGACUCCAACUACGUCGUGAGAGGAAACGUGCGUUUACCAGUGAAGUGGAUGGCACCAGAGAGCAUCUUUCAUGGGAUGUACACCAUGAAGAGUGACGUCUGGGCCUACGGCAUCUUGCUCUGGGAGAUCUUCUCACUCGGUGUCACUCCGUACCCCGGGAUGAAGGUGGAUCACACGUUCUAUUCGAUGAUUGAGAGAGGAUUCAAGAUGGAGUGUCCGUACUACGCAAAUGAGUCUGUGUAUGGGAUGAUGUGUAGGUGUUGGGCCCUGGAUCCCUGUGACCGCCCUUCUUUCUCCAAACUGGUGUCGUUCAUGUCUGAUGAGCUGAUGGACAGAGAGGAGAAGCUCUACCACAACAUCUUCGACCAGACGUCCAGCGACGUGUACCAGAACGCACAGGCCGUGUUGGACAUUUCUGCCUUGGCAAAGCAGGAGGAGAACAAGACGCAGUCAAGGAAUGACUACUGUCAAACCAAAGCAGCCCAAGAGAGCAAAGCAGAAAUGCCCGACUCCGACAACGUGGCAGCUGAGAAGAAACCUCUGAAGCCAUCUGAUACAGAGUGAUAGCCUCUAGCUGAAUGGAAAGUAUUUCAAAAACAGUUCAACAAUGUUCUUUCUCUCUUUAUAAGCCCAUGAGUUACAGCAGAAGCUUUCUUUUUUGUACUUUAAUGAAAUAUAGUAGACUCGUACAUGUUCUCACAUAAACUGAGCAUUAAUUUUCAUUGUGCAUUGCAUUACAAUUUCAACAAACUAUAAUAAGUUUUACUGAAUGUAAAUACAGUAUUUGUUUUAUUCGACAGUGUUUUAUCGUGCAGCUAUAUCUGAAAGAAAGUUUUCAGAAAAGGAUCCUACAUAUUUUCUGGACAAAAAUGGAGACAUGUAAGCUAUGACUUCACAGGUUUAUGGAGUGACCGAUCAACAUUUACUAUUAAAUUGUAUUAUAUAUUAUAUCCAUGGCAACAACCCCUUGUCUUGAUAUUUUGUAAGAUAUUCUAAUGGCCUUGUUGUGCUCUUAUUAUUGUAUCAGCAGCUACAUGCAGUUUAAAUACCAUUUUUUACACAUUCAUAUUUUUUAAAUCAAGCUUUCUGUUCUUUUUGGUUGAAAAGUUUAAGCCUAACAUCUGCAAUUUAAUGAACUUUGCAUAAUAAAUAAAUAAAAAGAAAAAAUGAUUGAAAUGCA